AUGUCUGAAUCCGAAGUGAGUCUCACCAGAACCGAUCCCCACCCGAACCCACCCCGCGACUGACCCCACGCACACUGUGCAUAUCGCGCAGGGCUUUGUGUUGCAAACCGCGCCCUUUGACGCUCGUUUCCCCAACGCGAACCAGUCCAGGGCCUGCGUACGUCUGCUGCUCGAGCAUCUGACACACAUCUCCCACACUGAGAGCUGAGCCGGUACGAUCUGACCCGACCGAACAGCUGCAAAACUACAUCGUCAGUCAGAACUCGACGACCCCGACCCCGACGCCGACGCCCUCCGCGCUCUACCCUGCUCAACUGAACCACUCACUUGCGUCAUCUUCACCUUUGUGUCGUCGUACAGGACCACUACCGAUGCGUCAACAAGAAGGGCGAGGACUUUGAGCCUUGCAAGCAGGCAAGUUGCGCAAUCGGUCGAGCGAGGCGCGCGAUCGCUCCUCGUUCCUCGUGCUUCCGACCCGCCCCGCAAGACGAUCCCACGAGCUCAGCCUCCGUCACGUGCUAA